AUGAAGAUCAAUCCCGCACCGCUCCACCUCGCCCAAACCGUCAUCACGGGCCUCGUCCUCGCCAUGAGCAUCGCUAUCUUGGGUACCUCAGCGCAUACCCUCGAUGUCUUCAAAAAGCAGCAGACGUCCAACCCGUGGUGGCUUCCACUAUGGCCGCAACACUUCGAUGUGCAGGGCACGAAGGCGCUCAUUGCGUCUGCUGCGGUGACCGUGUUCCUCUCUAUCGUAUUCCUUGUCCUGUCGCUCGUUCCCAAGUUCAACCUGGCGAACAAGCACACGCUCCGCGCUCUCAUCGCUCUGGGCACUACAAUCCCCUCCGCGCUCCUCGCCCUCGUCACCGUCAUCUACGCGCACGUCAUCAACCACGAUACUCCCAACCACGACACCAUUCAGACAUGGACCUGCAAGUACAAGAACAGCAAGCCCCUGCAGCAAGACCUCGCCCUCCCGGCGAACAUGGGUAACGGGAACUUUGGAUCGCUCUGCAUGCAAAGCAAGUUUGCGCUGUAUGGGACCUUGACGGUGCUGUUGCUGCUCGGUGGGAGCAUGGCGCUCAGCGUGCUUGGGUGGCUGGCGGACAAGUGGUCUGCUAGGCAGACCAGGAAGGAGAUGGAGCAGUCUUGA